AUGCAGUGUGUAAUACAUUGUCGUAAUAGAACUAUUUUCUUUUCAUUACUUACUCUAUUUAUCUUACUAUCAGCAUAUAUUCUUUAUCCAUGGUUUUAUUUUGCAUGGAUUUGGCGAAAAAGUGAUAUUAAUCAUAUUGAUUAUUCAUUAGUAUCAAAAUUAAAUCAUAGUCUAUUAAAUGUUCCAGCUAUAAUUCAUCAAACAUGGCAUGAUACUGAUACAAUACCUUAUGAUUGGCAACAAGCAUCAAAUAGUUGUCGAGAAUUUCAUCCAAAUUAUGAAUAUCAUUUAUGGACAGAUAAAGAUGCUCGACGUUUAAUUGAAAAAGAAUUUCCUUGUCUAUUAUCAACCUAUGAUUCAUAUCCAUAUGAUAUUCAACGUGCUGAUGUUAUUCGUCUUGUUGUUUUAUAUGUAUAUGGAGGAAUUUAUUUAGAUUUAGAUAUUAUUUGUUUAAAAUCUUUUGAUCAAUUACGUACAAAUAGUUUUGUUUUACCAAAAACAAUGCCUGUUGGUUUAUCAAAUGAUUUUAUUAUAGCUGCACCAAAACAUCCAUUUUUAUUACAAGUUCUUAAUGAUUUACCAAAAUAUAAUCGAAAUUAUCUUACAAAAUAUUCAACAGUUAUGUUUUCAACGGGUCCAAUGUUUUUGACGCAUGAAGCAUCAUAUUAUCGAAAUCGUUCGUCUAUAAGUGUCCUUUCUGCAGAACUUUAUGGAAAAUAUAUUCAUAAUUCAUCUCGAUCUCUUUUUCGACACUUAAAAGCUUCAUCUUGGCAUGGUAAUGAUGCUGCAGUUAUCAAAUGGAUUUAUCGUCAACGAACAAUUUUAUUUUUAUUAUUGAUCAUGUUAUCUCUUAAAAUUUUGGUUCUUAUAUAUUUCAUUCAACAUUAUCAUAUAAUUAUGAAUAUUCUUAGAAAAAUUUCCUCAAUAAUCAAAUCAAAAUUAAAUAUUGAAUCGUUAAAAUAUGAUAAAAUUCAUUCGAACAUUAAUUUCACUUAG